CUUGCAGUGCUAGAACUGCAUGCAUCAUUCGCUUAAAAUAAGCAUAUUCCUCUCUCUUUGCCUUUCUUCCUUUUGUAUUUUUAAUUUUUAAUUUUAAUUUUUUUAUUAGUAGAGAUUUUCCGGAAGAAAAAGUCUACUCCUACCUUCUUCAUAUUUCCAUAUUCAUCGUUGGGAUCGUAACGUUGGCGAGAACCAAAUAAAUCCUAAAAAUUAUCCUCACAAUUUGUGAAUUGAUAUGGAUCUCUGGGCCGUACAUAUGAAGAACACCACCAGUAGAAGUCCCUUUUUGCCGAGAAGUAGCUCGACUCCUGAGAAACCCAUUUCAUGGAAUCUGAGAAAGAUGGCUGCUUUUGAGAUCAGGGUUUUGAGGUGGAGGAGUGUUCCAUAUGGAUAUCGUCAAUCGCUCGUCGUCAGAGCAAUGGGAAAGAAGAAUCAAAAUAAUUCUAAUUCCUCUUCUUCUUCGGGUAAUGAUGGUCGGUCCAUUCCGGAGGGAGAUGGUGUAAAAGGAAACGAUCCUUCCUCUGAGACCAACAAAUCCGGUGACACUGCUUCCCCUAAGUCCCAUCGUAAAACCUUGGACUGGAGAGAGUUUAGAGCGGCUCUCUUUGCUCGAGAGCAGGUUGAAACUACAGACUCUGAUAUUUGCAACAAAGAUGGGGCAUCCUUGGAGUCCAAACCUCUUGGUCUGAAAUGGGCCCACCCUAUUUCAUCGCCUGAGACUGGCUGUGUCCUCGUUGCCACUGAAAAGCUUGAUGGGGUUCGCACCUUUGAAAGAACCGUGGUUCUCCUCCUGAGAUCUGGAACUAGACACCCACAGGAGGGGCCAUUUGGAGUGGUUAUAAACCGUCCACUUCACAAAAAAAUUAGACACAUGAAACCCACUAAUCUUCAUCUGGCAACCACUUUCCCUGACUGUUCUUUGCAUUUUGGUGGGCCCCUUGAGGCAAGUAUGUUCUUGUUGAAGACUGGGGAACAUUCAAAACUUCCUGGGUUUGAAGAGGUGAUUCCUGGCCUGUCUUUUGGUGCUCGGAAUAGUUUGGAUGAAGCUGCUGGGCUGGUGAAGAAAGGGCUGCUUAAGCCGCACGAUUUCAGAUUCUUUGUUGGAUAUGCGGGGUGGCAGCUGGAUCAGUUGAGAGAUGAGAUUGAAUCGGAUUAUUGGUAUGUUGCUGCAUGCAGUGCAGAUUUGAUAUUGGGAAGUUCAUCAGAUUCUUCAUCAGAGGGCUUGUGGGAAGAGAUUUUGCAGCUGAUGGGUGGUCACUAUUCGGAGUUGAGCCGGAAACCAAAGCAAGAUAUGUAGUCAUUUAUGAGCUUAGAAACGCCCAAAGAACGAAAAAAAUUGAGCUGGAAAUCAAUGCAAGAAAACUCAUCGCAGUUUUAUGUUAAUUCAAAUGUACAGAAUACUGGCGCUAAUUUUUAGUCAGUCGAUCUUGUUCCUUUUUGUAGAAAGUCGGUAUUUUAGUUAUUGUAAGUACUUGUACACCAAUUUCCGUUUGAAGAAAAUAUUACAUAUCCCUCAGUCCAUUCUUCGCA